GGUUGCUUUUCUACCAUGGCUAGCGUCGUCGCUCGUCUGAUCAUCGAUGCUCCUUUGUCAGGACAGAGAAUUUUCCCUUUUAUUUGGAUCUUCAAUUCAUAAAUACUCACUCCUAUGAUUUGUGGUCUCCCCAAGCUCCAGAAUCAGGCGCCUGCCAAGAGGAAACAGGUUCUUAGAUCUUUUCACGAUCCAGAAUCGCACGGGAAUAGAUAUACCACGGGACUGUAAUACGAAGACGCCCUACUUUUACAGCUACUAGCCGUAGUUCAUCUGCUCAUUUCCUUCUACGUCGGAAAUGAAGAACUCGAACUGGGACGACUUUGCAUCUAUACCAAACUUGCGCUUCGACGCGACCUGGGCUACUAUUGUCGAUGCGUAUAAAUGCUCGCAGCUUGCGUUUUCCUGCUCCCAACAAUAUUCGCCCAAAGCGAUUUCGAUUGGCGCAAUAUCGAACCAACGACCAAUUUGUCUUGGGUCGACUGUUACUCCAACUACAAGUGCGCGCGCUUCCAGGUUCCCAUCGACUACUCUAACGAGGAUGGGAACAAAGCUGCGCUCGCGGUAAUCAAACUUCCUGCGCAAUCCCAGGAAGAUUAUAAAGGUGCCGUACUUAUAAACCCCGGAGGUCCUGGAGGUAGCGGAGUUGCUACAAUAGCUUCCGCCGGACCCUUAUUUGCAUCGAUCAUCGGGAGCCAAUACGACCUUAUCAGCUUCGAUCCUCGUGGGAUCGGUAAUUCGACACCUCGAGCAGAGUUCUUUCUCACAAAAGAAGAACGUUUACUUUGGCUUGCCAAUCCAAAUCAUUGGACGGCCACUCCUAACACGACCUCUGACCAGAUCCCUCAUCUAUGGGCAUCGUCGCAUGUUAUAGCCGAAGUGGCAAAGGAAAGGGAUAACGGAAUCUUGAACUAUAUUGGUACUGACAAUGUUGCACGGGACAUGCUGGCAAUCAAUGAAGCUGCGGGUCAUGAGAAGCUGCAAUAUUGGGGAUUCUCUUAUGGGACGGUUCUUGGUACCACGUUUGCUACAAUGUUUCCCGAUAAAGUUGAACAUAUGGUGCUUGACGGCGUAACGGAUAUCGAUGGCUAUUACAGUGGUGACUGGCGCAACAACUUUGUCGAUACUGAUAAAUCCAUGCAACUUUUCUUCGACGGAUGCGCGGCCGCUGGACCUGACGCAUGUGCUUUCUAUGCCCCUACUGCAGAAGAGAUAUCCAAUAAUCUCGACUCUCUGUACGAGUCUCUUCGCACUCAACCAGUCCCGGUUGUCACCCCUUCAUUCUACGGUGUUGUCGACUAUGUCAUCCUGAGAACUGUAGUCAAGGCUUGCAUGUACCAACCGUACACCCUGUCUUCUAUCCUUGCCAAAGGUCUUGCUAGUCUCGCCGCAGGAGAUGGCAGCGUCAUUUACGCGAUGCAGGCUACGCCAGAAGACCCGUCUUCCAUCUAUAACAAUGGACUGGAGGCAGAAAUUGCCAUUUCCUGCAGCGAUUCCGUCAAUAACACGGAUACUUUGGCAGAUCUGUAUGCCUAUUGGGACAGUAUCAAAGGCAUAUCGGCCUUUGCCGAUUUAUUUUUCGCGCAGAGGAUCGGAUGCGUUGGAUGGAAGUUCCAUCGCGAAGGCAGAUUUACAGGCCCGGUCGGUAGCAACUCUACUAGUCCUAUUCUUUUUAUAGGAAAUACGGCUGAUCCUGUCACAGCCGUAGCCGGGGCUAAAAAGGCGUCCAGCGUAUUCCCUGGCUCCGUUGUUCUAACUCAAAACUCAUCAGGACACGCAUCCUUAGCCGCAUCAUCUGCGUGCACGCGAGCCUACAUUCAAGGGUACUUUCAAAACGGUACUCUUCCCAGCGAUGGAACAGUCUGUGAAGUCGAGUCUCAGAUGUUCCCAGCUUCGUCAAACGUAACUGGCAGUUAGCGACAUGAUUUUCUUGGGUAGGGAAUAUCCUGUGGCCUAGUUGCCAAUUAUUUCCGUUAAAGGUAUUGUAACAACUCAUCAAAUCUAUUCUCCUGAUUGCUCUUUACCGCUUCAUUUCCGGUUUGCUUCAUUAUGGCACCCUGCGUUCCAUUUGACAUGUCUUAACUUUGUCCUCAUAUAACCCUGUCAUCAUAAAUGUGUUGAAGUUCGAGCACAGGAGGGAACGAAGAUGAGCAACUCGUUUAUACCUAGUAUGUCGACAUGGUGGUAAACGGUAAAGGAAAGAAAACUGUGGGUACGGUAAGUAACGG